AUAGUUUUUGAUGUUUCAGGCAUACACAGUGCUAGAAAGAAACGUUCGGGGAAACGGACAUGCAGUAAGUGGAGGUCAGUGCCACGGAUCAGGUGAACUGAAAGUGCACAGCGCUCAGCCUCAACAGAGCUGAGGCUAGACAUAUUUCCUAGUCCUGCCUCCUCCUUUACAUAGACGAGACAGCCCUUACCUACAGUCAUUCACCUUGCUAUUCCGGUGGCAUCGCGUGACACACUCCCCAGGACACAAGGGAAUUUUGGAUUAACACCGAGAAAAGACAGAGGAAGUCGGAUGAAGAUCAUGUACUUCUGGACAUAUAUUCUCUAAUUAUUUUUCCUUUUUAGCGUUGUCUGUCAUAUGCUUUAUUUUUGACAAAGAAAGUGAUUUCGUAAGGUGCGCGGCUACGGGACGGUACCUGUAUUGGUGGGUCCUGCUAUGAGUCAAGUUCAAAACCGUAAAAUUGUGAGAUUCUAACAAGAUGUCAAAGUCCUCGGAUCAGUUUGAAGACCCCGACUGUGUUUCUUCCUUUGGUAUGAAGUUAACGUGGGAUAUCAACGACCCAAAACUGCCUCAGGACAUAAAGCAGUUUGACGCUUUUCAAGAGUGGACGGAUGGUUAUGUGCGUUACAUCUACAAUGGCGAGGACAAGAACGCACAGCGCCACCUGAGCGGAUGGGCUAUGCGGAACACCAACAACCACAACUGUCAGAUUCUCAAGAAGUCCUGCCUCGGUGUAGUAGUCUGUGGCCGAAACUGCACGCUGGCUGACGGAAGCAAACUCCAGCUCCGACCGGCUAUCUGCGACAAAGCACGACAAAAACAACAAAGUGGUUGUUCUCCAGAGAAGCUGUGCCCCAGUUGUAACUCUGCCCUGGAGCUGAUGCCAUGCAGAGGACACAGUGGCUAUCCCGUCACCAACUUCUGGAGAAUAGAUGGAAAAGCUAUAUUCUUCCAGGCGAAGGGGGUCCAUGACCACCCCAGACCAGAGAGUAAGUCUGAGACAGAGGUCCGGAGGAGUGCAGUGAAGAGGAGGAUGUCCUCUCCACACUUUUCUCAGAAGAGGAGGCUGAUGGAGCCAGAUACCGGGAGAUACCACGACCUGGGUGCUCCUUUCCCCAACCUGCACCAGCUGUCCUGCAUGGAGGGCCCGGACCGCUUUAGCAUCAUCGCUGAGUCCAACUUCCCCAUCCAGACCCAGCACUACCCUCCCUUCCAAAACCCUGAGCCCUACAAGUUUGCCUACGAUUCCCACGCCAACAUGGGUGAGGCCCCAUCCACACUCCAGAAGCAGGCCAACCACCGUCUGUACAUGCCCCGGCCUCCGUGUGGCUACGACUUUGCCGUGCCGAGCUAUUUAGGCUCGGGCUCCUACACAGCCCUCUAUAAGGACCCCAGUAGCCCCCAGACGGAGACCCCUGAGCCCAGCAAAGUGAGCUCGGGCCUGGGUACCAGCACUGCCACACCCCACACCACCGGGGUCCUUUCGGGCCACGACCGCAACAACUACGACACGACCAGCAAGCACCACGGCUGGAAACAGAUCUUGGGCAAGGGGACGUACAGCGAGCGGGGCGAGUACGGACAGUUUCCUGGCAACACCAACCACCACUACUACAACAGUGAGUACCCGUGCAGAUACCCUGGCCCAGCGCCAGCCACGCCCGCUGCCCUGCAGACCAUCAUCACCACCACCACCAAAGUGUCCUACCAGCCCUGCCCCAAGUCCUCCGUGGUCAAGUACGGCGACAACAUCUACGACGUCAAGGGCCUGCCCAGCUGCAGCUCCCUGCUCGAGGACACCUCGCCCACCUCUUACUCCGAUCUCAAGAUUCCUGAAGAUUCUGGGGUCAUCAAGUCUGCGCUGUCGUACCAGCCGGAAACCCUGCCAGCUAAAAUCGAGAGGGCUGAGAACUUUGACACUUACCGUUACGGCAACUACGCGUCCAACAGCUAUCCCGACAGGGUUUCUCAUCCAUUUAGAUACGACGGAGGGGACUACUGAUCAAAGAGGAAGCCACCAAAACAAAGACUGUGAUUUGAUAGUUAUGCAAAUGAUCAGAAAGAACGCUUGGAACAGACUUUCUGCCACCUUUUAUCAGGUUUGUAAAGCUCUAUUGUUAUUUAUAUAUUUGAGGUGUUGGAUUGCAUUUGGACUGCUAGUGAUGACGCUACAUUGAGUCUAGACUCUUCAAGGAUGUUCCCAACAUUUCCCCAUUUAAUGCAUAAGAAAAAGCCACAAAGUAGUUAUUAUUGCCUUUGGAUUUUUUUUAAAAAUCGGAUUAUUGUGUUUGUAGAAUAUGAAUAAUAUGUAUUCUUAAGGUAUUUUGUCUGUUACAAUAUCACAUCAUAUUCCUAUGGCACUGAAAUAAAUGUUCUAUAGACUGGGAAUGGCCAACAAAGUAUAUUGAAAAUGCUUGUGGUACAGUGCAACUGUAAAUGCAGUCUUCAACUGUACAGUUUGUGAACAUUGUUAUGUGACAUAAAAAUUCAAUGAGCUCCUACCAUAGAUUUGACACAUUC